ACAUAAUUAAAAGUUAAUUAAAAAAACAGAGAACAAGAUGAGACAAGCUGGUGCAUAUUCAAAGUUACUAUGUGGUGGCAUAUCAAGAAGAACAGGUCCACAUUCAUUACCCUUAGCAAGAAUAAAGAAGAUAAUGAAGAAAUCUAGUGAAGAUGUGAAGAUGAUAUCAGGUGUGGCACCAAUUGUUUUUUCUAAGGCUUGUGAACUUUUCAUUGAGGAACUUACAAGAAGGUCUUGGAAUAUUGCUAUUGAUGGUAAAAGAAGAACUUUGAAUAAAGAUGAUGUUGCUUCUGCUGUUAUAGCUACAGAUUUAUUUGACUUUUUGAUUGAUUUGGUUUCUAAUUCUCAUGCUAAUUUAGUUGCUGGUGAAUGUGUUGCCAGUAACACCAAUGUCUUUGAUUCUAUAUUUUAAUUUAUGGAAG